GCUCCAUUGAUUUGGGAGAGCAGUCUCCUGUCAAGCCAGCAACCAUGAAUAAAAAGGACACUUACAAUAUGUUCGAGAUGGAUGGAGAGAUGGACAAGAAGAAGAAAAAGAUCAAGAAAAAGGAGAAACUGGAGGGCAUGAAGAAAGAAAUGGACAUUGACGAUCAUGAGAUCACGAUUGAUGAGCUGGAGAUGAGAUAUAACACAAGUGUUAGUAAGGGCAUGACCUCCAUCUUUGCCCAGCAGGUCCUGGAGAGGGAUGGACCUAAUGAGCUGAAGCCUCCUAAAGGUACCCCAGAAUAUGUGAAGUUUGCCAGGCAACUGGCUGGAGGGCUGCAGUGUCUGAUGUGGGUCGCAGCUGUCAUCUGCUUCAUCGCCUUUGGAAUUGAAAUGGGGAGAGGGAACCUCACCAGCUUUGACAACUUAUACUUGGCCAUCACCCUGAUUGCUGUUGUUGUGGUAACUGGAUGCUUUGGUUACUACCAAGAGUUCAAAAGUACUAACAUCAUUGCCAGCUUCAAGAAUCUGGUGCCACAGCAAGCCGUUGUGAUCCGUGAUGGCAAGAAAAACCAGAUCAAUGCCAAUCAGCUGGUGGUGGGGGAUUUGGUGGAGGUCAAAGGCGGAGACAGAGUCCCUGCUGAUAUUCGCAUCAUCACUGCUCAGGCCUGCAAGGUGGACAACUCAUCCUUGACAGGUGAGUCUGAACCCCAAACCAGGAGUCCAGAAUGCACUCAUGAGAAUCCACUGGAGACCAGAAACAUUGCUUUCUUCUCUACCACUUGUCUGGAAGGUGUAGCCACUGGUGUGAUCAUUAACACAGGUGAUCGCACCAUCAUUGGUCGCAUUGCGAGCUUGGCGAGUGGCGUUGGCAAUGAGAAGACACCCAUCGCCAUAGAGAUCGAGCAUUUUGUGGACAUCAUUGCUGGUCUUGCAAUCUUUUUUGGCUUUACCUUCUUUGUGGUUGCCAUGUUUAUCGGCUAUGCCUUCCUGGAAGCCACGAUCUUCUUCAUGGCCAUUGUGGUGGCUUAUGUGCCAGAGGGGCUGCUCGCUACAGUUACUGUGUGUCUCUCUCUGACUGCGAAACGACUUGCCAGGAAGAACUGUGUAGUGAAAAACCUGGAGGCUGUGGAGACAUUAGGGUCCACUUCAGUGAUCUGCUCUGAUAAGACCGGUACCCUGACCCAGAACAGAAUGACUGUAGCUCACCUUUGGUUCGACAACCACAUCCACGCUGCUGAUACCACUGAAGACCAGUCAGGCCAAAGUUUUGACCAGUCAUCAGAGACAUGGCGUUCACUGGCGAGAGUGGCUUCUCUGUGCAACAGAGCAACAUUCAAACCUGAUCAAGAAGGAAUACCCAUUCCUAAGAGGCUUGUCGUGGGAGAUGCUUCAGAGACGGCUCUGCUGAAGUUCACUGAGCUCACUGUCGGGAACAUCAUGGAUUACCGUAAUCGCUUCAAGAAAGUGGUGGAAGUGCCCUUUAACUCCACCAACAAGUUCCAACUGUCUAUUCAUGAACUGGAGGAUCCACUGGACAUACGCUACCUGUUGGUGAUGAAGGGAGCACCUGAACGCAUCUUAGAGCGUUGUUCCACCAUUUUGAUGAAAGGCCAGGAGCUGCCUAUGGAUGAGCAAUGGAAAGAAGCUUUUCAGACUGCAUACAUGGACCUGGGAGGACUGGGCGAGAGAGUGCUGGGUUUCUGUCAUCUCUACCUUAACGACAGAGAGUUUCCCCGUGGAUAUCGCUUUGAUCCUGAUGAGAUGAAUUUCACCACAUCAGGACUGUGUUUUGCUGGUCUCAUCUCAAUGAUUGACCCUCCGAGAGCCACUGUCCCUGAUGCAGUAAUGAAGUGUCGAACUGCUGGAAUCAGGGUCAUCAUGGUGACUGGAGACCAUCCGAUUACAGCCAGAGCAAUAGCAGCUAACGUUGGGAUCAUCACAGAAGGCAGUGAAACAGUGGAAGACAUUGCCCUGAGGAAGCGCAUACCUGUCGAACAAGUCAACAAGAGGGACGCCCGUGCUUGUGUGAUCAGUGGUGGUCAGCUGAAAGACAUGAGCAGUGAAGAGUUGGACGAGGCUCUACGGAACCAUCCGGAGAUGGUGUUUGCGAGAACGUCGCCCCAGCAGAAACUGAUUAUUGUGGAGAGUUGUCAGCGUCUGGGUUCCAUUGUCGCUGUAACAGGUGAUGGUGUGAAUGACUCACCAGCUCUUAAGAAGGCUGACAUUGGCAUUGCCAUGGGAAUCGCUGGGUCAGAUGCUGCAAAGAACGCUGCAGAUAUGAUCCUGUUGGAUGACAACUUUGCUUCCAUUGUCACUGGAGUGGAGCAAGGUCGUCUUAUCUUUGACAACCUGAAGAAGUCGAUUGCCUACACACUCACCAAAAACAUUCCUGAGCUGACGCCUUAUCUGAUCUACAUCACCGUCAGUGUGCCUCUGCCUCUGGGCUGCAUCACUAUUCUCUUCAUUGAACUGGCCACUGACAUUUUCCCCUCUGUCUCUCUGGCUUACGAGAAAGCCGAGAGUGACAUCAUGCAUCUGAAGCCCAGGAACCCUCGUCGUGAUCGCCUGGUUAAUGAAGCCCUGGCUGCAUAUUCAUACUUCCAGAUAGGAGCCAUCGAGUCUUUUGCAGGUUUUACAGAUUACUUUACAGCAAUGGCCCAGGAGGGCUGGUUCCCACUCAUGUGUGUCGGCCUACGUUCUCAGUGGGAGGAUGUUCACCUUCAGGACUUGCAGGACAGCUAUGGACAAGAAUGGACAUUCAGUCAGAGGUUGUACCAGGAAUAUACUUGCUACACCGUGUUUUUUGUCAGUAUCGAGAUUUGUCAGAUCUUUGAUGUGAUUAUCAGGAAAACGCGACGUCUGUCCGUGUUCCAGCAAGGUUUCUUCAGGAACCGUGUCCUGGUUACGGCCAUAGUCUUCCAGCUCUGCCUUGGUAAUCUGCUGUGUUACUGUCCUGGAAUGCCCAAUAUCUUUAAUUUCAUGCCAAUCAGGGUCCAGUGGUGGUUUGUUCCUCUUCCGUAUGGUAUUUUAAUCUUCGUCUACGAUGAGAUCAGGAAACUGGGAGUCAGAAGAUAUCCAGGAAGUUGGUGGGAUCAGGAGUUAUACUACUGAGAUCAGAGAAGCUCUUCCCAUCAACAUGCAUGAGAACAUCACUCCAUUCACUAUUCAUGCAUAUUAAUUUGUGAUCUAUGCGUUUACAGAUUAUCCUGGCAUUUGAUAUCAAAACAUUAAUUGUAAUCAUUGCUGAAUGUGUUCCAUCUCUUUGAAUGUGACUGCAUUGUAUUUUUAAUAAUAAAGACAUUUUCAGACUAAUGAUGACCCAAGAUUAGAAACAAA